AUAUCUUAAAAAGCCUUCUCUCUCUUAUCUCUCUCAAAUCUUCUAGAGAGAGAAGGGCUUAGUUUUUCUUCCGCCAUCCGGUGAAUCCGGCAAAGCCAUCUGGUUGUUAAACCAGCUUCAGUCCAACAGCCUCCGGCUAUUAUAGAGGAGGUUGGUUGGCUUUUCACUGGCGGUGUUGGCUCCCUCAGCAACGUCGGCCAGUUUUCUCUCCGGCAACGAUGGCUCCGUAGCACCGUUUGGCUGGCUCCUCUUGUAUGCGGCAUGUUUUCGGCUUUCUAUGCGAUGGUGUCCGCUUUUGUCUCUGGUCAUUCCACCGUCAUCUUUCCGGUGGUUUUGGCCAGUUAUGUACCGGUGUUAGAUCCGGUUUAUUUGUUUCUGUUUUACUUUUAAUAAUUCUCAUUGAGAUGUGUUGGUGAUAAUAGUGAUAGCAAUCUCGAUUUCUAUUGCUUCUUAUCCAAUCCACUCUCUUUUGAGAUUCAAUUUGCAGGAAUAUUUACAGAGAUUUGAGUUUUAAGAUGAAGAAAAGAAGUUGAUUCCUUCGCUUAUUAUCAUUGCCUUAAGCUGUUGGUUUAAUUGGAGUUUCGAUUACUUUAUACCGGCGAAAAAUCAGAAGAAUCUAUGUCGAUUGUUAUCGGUUGUGAUUCCUUCUUCACCGGAAUCGGUGCUCGGACGACAAAGGAAGAAGUCGGUUCACUUUUAGGCUUCUCAUCUCACACGUAUAGGUCUUUCUCCUAUUGACGACACGUGAUCUGAGAUAGAGACAAAUUCCAGUUUCUUCUUCUGUAGGAAAUCUCUUUGGGCCUUGUUGGGUCUAAAUAAUUUCUGUAAUCUUGCAUUUUGAAUAGGCUUUUCUUAGGCCUUGUAUGAGUUGGAUAUGUUUAAUACAAAAUUUCUCUUGUG